GCUUUGCUUCGGCUCCGGUUGGCUUUUCGAUGACUAUUCUGCUCUGGUUGGCUAAUGAAUCGAGCAGACGACGCUGAUCCAGAAGCGAAACCGGCGAAACAUGGCCGCUCAAUACAAGCUGUGUUGGCACGACCAGGUCGUUUACAAGUUCAAACUCACAUGGCCACCCGGCAGCGUCGACGUUCUAAACCACGAACGGGACCUUAUCACCACAAUGUUAACGGCUGUGAGCGAGGACGAGUACCCUCCGAAUCUUUCCAACCACGAGUUUACCGCCGACAUAGAAUAUCGUAAAUGGAACUACAGCGGUGAACUGGUUUUCGAGAAGGACGGCACAAUGUACGAAUUGUACCGCUACCACUUCUACGUGCGCGUCCGGAAAAACAAUAUCGUCGCGCGCUCAGCCAACGUCAGCCGCCGUCGCCACUACGACGAAGAUAGCUCAUCUGACGAGGCUCCCUUGGUGCCAGUGAAACAAAAAUGGUCAUCACGUAGAGAGAAACGCAAGAUCAGGCUGCCUGCGAUGUACCAUUACAGGGGAACUCCAGCUUCUCACGCUGUGGCUCGCAGACAAUACAGGCGCGACCUGGAGCGAGCGCUGCCAUUCUCAGUACAAGACUGCCUGCGUUACGUGAAGCCUAAAGAUGCCAGACAGGAUCUUGUUGUGAGGCAGUACUUCGUACCUGACAUGAUCUACCGAACGCUUCAGUACUACGCACAUAUCCCAGAAGCCCAGAACGACGACAGUGCUAUUGUUUUCCUCAACAACGACGUGUCCUUCGAAGUCCGUGAACCGCGAGCCAUUCAGUUUGGCCAGAGCAGCGAACCGGCACCAAGCACUGGGCUGUUUCAAAGCCUGAAAAGGGGUGUCGUGACAGUUUUCAGCAAAAUGUCCAAGUGGAUAGUGUGACAAGUAGCAACACUUUGUUGGACAGACAAGGGUCAGCCAGUUAUGCAAAGUUUGCAAUUAAAAAAAAU